UUGGAUCAUGUAGUGACAUAUGUACCCCACUCUCUCUCUCUAUCUAUCUGUCUAUAUAUACAAUCAUGUGUAUAUACACAGUUACACAACACACGCAGCUUUCUUUAUUCCAUUAGAUCUGAAAAAGACUAGUUACCACCCAACUUCACAUAUUUCAUUUUACUAACACACCCUCUUUCAUGAACAUCACAUGUAAAACUCAACAACAUUCACCAUGAUCCAUCAAUCUUCCUCGUCUAUUAUCUCCAUGCAUGAAACCAUUUAAUUUCUCAUGAGUAUCUUUGCCUCUUCAAAAGGAAACUAAAAUAAAAAAAACUACGUUUCACACCCCCUGCAAGCCCAAAGUUUCUUAAUUUUCUCCAACCCAUCAAACUUUCAUUCAUUGAAAUCUCUCAAAAACAUGUCACCUGAUGAAACACAACCCUCAAAGUCUGCAAAAGACAAAGACAACCAAAAUGGUUCACUUGGUCGGAAAACUUCAUCUUCUUCAACAUCUUCAUCAACAAGGCCACAAGAACAAAACAUGAACUGUCCAAGAUGUUACUCACCCAACACAAAAUUCUGUUACUACAACAACUAUAGCCUAACACAACCAAGAUACUUCUGCAAAACAUGUAGAAGAUAUUGGACAAAAGGCGGUGCUUUACGCAACGUUCCGAUUGGUGGUGGUUGUAGAAAGAACAAGAAAAUGAAAUCAUCAUCAUCUUCAAGACUCUCUUGUGAUUUAAAAGACUCUGCUUCUUCUUCUUCAUUAGAGCUUGGUGGUCUUAAUUUCCUUCACACAAUUUCUCCUUCUAUAGAUUUUCAUCUUGGUAAUAAUUUACCUUUUCCUCCAAGGCUUCAACUUCAUCAAAAUCAUCAUACUCCAAUGUUGUUUAACCAAUUUUCAUCAUCUUAUGAUGAAACUAAUUCCUCUACUCCUUUAACAACUGUUUCAUCAACUUUCAACCUUGAUUCUACUCAAAAUUCUGUUGCUGCUAUGAACUACCCUUUCUCAAAUUAUAAUGGUGUAAUACAAGGUAUGAGUUCAAUGAAUAUUCAUACUAAUCUUGAAUCAUUGAGUUCUAUGAACCAAGACUUGCACUGGAAGCUACAGCAACAGAGGUUAACUAUGAUGUUUGGUGCAGAAAACCAGAAAGAUAAUAAUCAGACACAAAAACCACAACCUAUUUUGUUUGAGAAUGUUGAGGUUUCAAAGGGAAAUGGUGGAAAUAAUUUAUGUGUUGGAAAUUCAAGAAGAGAAGUUGGUGAUACACCAAGUGAGUGGUUUUUUGGUAAUUCUUAUAAUGGUUCUGUUACUGUUACUGCUGCUGCUAGACCUACUGGAAGUAAUGGGGGUGCAGGAAGUAAUAACUGGAAUGGUUGGACUGAUGUGCACCAGCAAUAUAAUGCUUUGCCCUAGCUUGAGGGAGGUUCAAGAUUAGGUUUUUUUGUUUCAAUACCCUUUUUUUAAAAAUAAAACACUAAAAUACCCUCAUUUAAAAAAAAUAUACCAAAAU